AGGCAACAGCAGCAACAGCAUCACCAGGAGCAACAACAACUUCCCAUCCAGUGUGAGGCCGGUUGUCGCGAGUGGUUCCAUCUGGCCUGCUCUGGUCUCACACCGGAGGCCUUCUUUCUGCUGAAGGGAGAACCACUGGCUGAGUGGUUGUGCAAUAGCUGCGCUGCCCUGGCCUAUCCCAACAUACCCUACAUUCGUCUUCGCCAGUGA